GGCAGAUGAUGACGAAGCCGCGCGCGAUCCGAUCCGGCCUGCCGCCGCGGGUGCGCAACGCCGCGGGGGGCGGCCUGCCGGAGGACUACUUUGAGGACGUUCUGGCGCGCGAACGGUACCAGCUCGCGCGGGAGGGGUACUUGGGCAGCGGGGGUUAUGACAACGUGGUGGACGCGGCAGAGUACAAGGAGAUCAUCGAGAACCACCGCCUGAACCGGACCUAUGGCCACUCGCCGGAGACAGCAAGCGCGGAGUAUCUGAAGGACCGGUUGGUGCUGGAGAAGCAGCGUGAAACUACCCAGCGAAAUUUCAUGUUCUACCCGGAGAGCAACGAGGACGACGAUGGCGGCGAGACCGGAUCAUUCUUGCGGUCCUCCGACAGAAGUCCGGGGCCGAACUACUUCAGCAACGCCGAUCGGGACUUGCUCGCGUACCGCAACGACGUUUUGCGGGACCUGUCCGAGUACUACCUGGGGUACAAAGAUUCCUUCGGGAAGCGACGCGGACCUUCACCCAUAAAUCAGCCAUUUGAAGAGGACGUGGCUGCGGCUUUGAACAAGGUUGGGGCGAUGAACAAAAUGGGCGGGUUGCAAAUGAUGGUGCCGCGGGAGGGGUCGUUCAUCACAACGAAAUACAUCGCACCGCAACCGGGCGCAGCGACCGGUUUUGGAAAAGGAAAAGGGAUGGGCAAAGGAGGAGCGGGUGCUGGUGGUGCAGUGGCGGCCGCAGUAGAACGAGAUCCAAGUGGUCAACACGACGAGGCGCUGGCGAGGGACCCGAGCGAGAGAGAACCGAGCAACCGCAGCCCCAGCAGGGUGGACCCCGACGAACGAGAGCCGAGCAACCGGGAGCCGAGCAACCGGGAUCCGAGCAACCGGGAGCCGAGCAACCGGGAUCCGAGCAACCGGGAGCCGAGCAACCGGGAGCCGAGUAACCGGGAACCGAGUAACCGGGAGCCCAGCGGAGGACAGGGCUUUGCGGAGGAAGACGACGGGGAAAUGCCACGAGAUCCAAGCAACCGGGAGCCGAGCGGUCGCGACCCAAGUGGACAGGGCUUUGCAGACGACGAUGGUGGGGAGAUGGAACGGGAUCCUAGCAACCGGGAACCAAGCGGGCGCGAUCCCAGCGGCCGAGAUCCGAGUGGCCAAGAAGGCGGAUUUGGCGACGACGAUUUUGGAAACGGCGAGGAAGCUUCGCGGGAUCCGAGCAACCGGGAACCGAGCGGUCGUGAUCCAAGCGGUACUAGAGAUCCAAGUAGUGGACAGGGA